UUUGUAAAUACAGGCGCUUCAUCUUUCCACCUUGCUGUGUUUCCUGCUGUUCCCCCCAAGAAAGCAGCUCCGCCUGCAAUGAUGCACCGACGGGGGGUCGGAGCCGGGGCCAUCGCCAAAAAGAAGUUGGCAGAGGCCAAAUACAAGGAACGGGGGACAGUUCUGGCAGAAGACCAAUUAGCCCAGAUGUCCAAGCAGCUGGACACAUUUAAAACUAACCUCGAAGAGUUCGCCAGCAAACACAAACAAGAGAUCCGUAAAAACCCGCAGUUCAGAGUCCAGUUCCAGGACAUGUGUGCAACGAUCGGUGUGGAUCCGCUCGCCUCCGGUAAAGGAUUCUGGUCUGAAAUGUUAGGUGUCGGUGAUUUUUACUAUGAGCUGGGGGUCCAGAUUAUCGAAGUCUGCCUGGCUCUGAAGCACAGGAACGGAGGAUUAAUAACUCUGGAGGAGCUCCAUCAGCAAGUGCUGAAAGGCAGAGGAAAGUUCGCUCAAGACGUCAGCCAGGACGACCUCAUCCGCGCAAUUAAGAAGCUGAAAGUUCUCGGAAACGGCUUUGGGAUCCUUCCUGUGGGCGGAACCUACCUGAUCCAGUCUGUGCCUGCUGCACUGAACAUGGAUCACACCCGCACCUGCUUGCUUUGUUCUCUGUUCCAGAAAAAGGGGUACGUGACCAUCAGCGAAAUCCAAUCCAGUUUGAAAUGGGAAGCGCAGCGAGCCAAGCAGGUGCUGGACCACUUGCUGAAAGAAGGGAUGGCCUGGCUUGACACGCAAGCCCCAACAGAACCCCAGUACUGGCUCCCUGCCCUCUUCACAGAACUUUACUCUCAGGAAAUCACGCCAGAAGAAGCAAAAGAAGCUUUGCCCUGAGGACCAGGAAGGAAACAGAAUUACCUGCGCUUCAUUUAAUGGAGUGGUGCUAUCGUUGGUUGUUAACCAAGUGAAACAACUAAAAAAAAAAUUGAGUUGUAUCUAACUCCUUGUAAAAAUUAAAGGAAAAAGGGUCUUGUUAAGAAAAUGUCUGCACGACCAUAUUCUUACCUUCAGCAGGUAUGGCCAAGCA